AUGCAGGAAGCUACCUCGAUUACCGAUGAGGUGCAAUUCCUUGAUGCCCCCAACGUCAAAAUUGCGCGAAAUUCGUUUGAAGAACUCACGGUUGAACUACCAGACGGCGCAAGUCACGCAAACGUUGAAGCAGUCCGAUCCUUUCCGCUCACCGAUUCUAACAAAUAUAUAACGCUGCUGGAUAGCGAAGGAGAAGAAAUCGGUAUCAUUCAGGACAUCAAACAGUUGCCUCGCGAGUCAGCGGAAAUCCUUGUGUCGGAGUUGCAGAAACGGUAUUUUAUGCCGAAGAUAACCAAAAUCCACGAACUGGAUGGUGAGUUCGGUGUGACCCGCUGGGUCGUGGAAACGAACCGCGGUCCUGUAACAUUUGGCAUGCGCACUCGAUAUGAUGUCGUCAGCCUUGACAAUGGACGGGUGCUGAUUAAAGAUGCUGAUGGCAAUCGUUACGAGAUUGAGAACUACCACCAUUUGGAUCUGGCGAGCCUGGCACUCCUUGAAACGCAAUUAUAG